UUUACAAUGUUAAAGUGGCUGACAAAAAUAAAUAUUCUUAUUAGGAAUAAAACUUCCUCAUUUUUGAACUGUGCAGAGCUGUAGCUGAAUAGUUGGGCCUACUACGCUGCUGAAAUUUAAUGUUGGACAUUAUGGUGGUAUACUUACAGAGCCAAAUUUUUUUCUGAAGUGGUACUUGGUAUAAAAAGUUUGAGAACCACUGGUUUAAAGAAAUGGUAUAAAAUUAAAUCUUGCUUUUUAACAAAUUCUCAGUAAACCAUUUCUUCUUUCCCCAAGUAGAGUCAUCAAGGAUCCAGCUUAUUAUUGGCAAAUUGGACAGUACAGAAAGCGCACAAGUGGGAGAGAGUGGAGUGGACGGCGUCAGAAAGGACCUAGAGCUGGGACACUUUAGAGGAUCACCCGAAGCACAACCACACUAUUCAGUUGUUAACUGGUGACGUAAGAAGUGCUGUUUCUGGGUCCAAGCCUCAACUCGCUUCACUUGAGAAUACUACCUAAGCAGCCGUUUAUGAGCACUGUUUAUUUAUAUUAAACAUUUAAGCUACAGUCUCCAUGCUCACAGCGUCCCAAACACAAAUAAUUUUUAUAUUUAUUUAUUUUUAUUUAUAUUUUCAUUGUCUGACUAUCUGGGAUUUCGGUUUGGAGUUAAAGAGUAGGAUUAUAAUUUUUUUGGUAGUAUUAUAUCGCAUUGUGAGUGUAUAUUAGCAACUUUUGUUGUUUUCCCGUGGUAUCUGAUAGAGCGUUUGGACACGGAAGAGGUGACACGUGAUGUCAGACUUAACAAUCGAAUAUGCACGAGGCUGUUGGUUCUAACAUUUUAGGUUCCCCCUUGGUAGAAAUCACAUUCCGCAUUCCCGGCGUUAAAAAAAGACACCGUUUAGGGGGGUUCUCUUCAUUAGAAAUCGCUUCCCCCCUCGGGGGGCCCCCUCUAACGCUGGGCCCUUGGAAUCGUCCUAACCUUCCCUCCUCUUACGGCGCCCCGGUAGUAGGUUCCAUUCUCAAAAUGUUCCAACACAUUUUCACUGCACAAAUGUACAAAUCUUUUGUAAUGAGACACAUUAGUAAAACAUGUUUUCACAGGAACUAUAGUUUUCCACCAAAAUAAAAGAUCAACUUUCAGUCACAAAAGUACAAGGGUUUCUCUUGCAAGUGCAGCACAAAGUAUGCAUAUUAUUUUACAAAAACCUUUAAAUAUUAUAUUUGGAUUGUUCUUCUACAGAUUUUUAACAAUCGAUCCAUGCACAGACACUGCAAGUUAAAGUUUGGGAUUAUUUUCAUCUGUUUUAUACAGUAUGUUUCCAAAAUAAAACUGCUGUUUUACAAUUUUGAGCAUGUGGUAGUUGAUUGUAAAAUCAUUGCUGCCAGUCAUUUGAUUUAUAAUCUUUAUAAUAUAUAGUGUUGAUCUAAAUGCAAACUAGGCUCUAACAGAACGUACAGUUGUGUAUUUACCCAUCAACGUUGAUUCACUUUGCAAAAUCAACACCUAAUUCAACGUUAAUCCAACCUCUACAAAACAACUCGCGGCAACAAAGUAGCCUAAUUCCGCGGGAAAACCGCGGACUUGGCAACACUGCAAAAAAAAUAAUUCAGUUUUCGAUUGGAGGUUCAUUUCGAGGCGCACGUGAACACACAUGCCCCACCCACUGUGGUUUCCAGGGCAACAAUAUACAGACAACAACAUGUCUGGAAGAGAGAGAUCACGAGAGGGAGUCCGAUCCGCUGAAAACUCAGGGAAGCUCAAGAGAGGAGAAGAAACUGAUAAAGAUGAUACUGUGCUCAGUGAAGGGAAGAAAUCUUUUCCUCAGUGGGAACUUCUAAAGCAAGACCAGAUAAAUAUUCUGCUCAGCCUGCCUGUGGACCAAGUGCAGCUACAGUUUGAGGAUAUACUGAAUAUAGAAAACCACCAAACAUGUGUGAAAGAAGCUGCGCUGUUGGAGUAUUUUGUCAAUGGAUUUUGUUGGGCCAAAGAGAUGAACUUCAGUUCUCAGCAAAUCUCAUUUAUCAUGGCACUUUUACAGCAACUACUUGACAACAUAAAAAACAAACAGUCAUUUGCUGAUAAUUUCAAGACAUUUAUCCAAACAGUACUUGCCAGUAAAGCCAGUUUUUUAUUCACCACCACCGAUCAAAUCAAAGCCAUCACAGAUUACUUCAAGACCAGUCUUUUCCAGCACUACAGACUAUAUGAAUUAAUUUUCAAUCAUAGAAGGGAGGAGCAACUCCUGAAAAUAGAGAAAUGCAUUGAGGUGAUCAACCCCGCUGAGUUUGCUGCCCCACUGGAAGAAGGCAUGCCCACUGAUCUGUACUUCCAUUACAUGGCUCCCCCACGUGUCCAAACGCCUGAGCAGACCAUGCAGGCAUCUCAUGAGGAAAAUGUGGAAGAACCUGGAAAAGCUGAACUGGAAGAAAGUCCUGGGAAUCAAGUGGGCUUCAGUGUGGAAGAUGUUCGAGAAGUGCUGGGGGAAAUGACCCAGGAGAUGUUAGCAAAACUGCAGGCCGACUUCACAGAGAAACUGCGAGUUCAUGAGGAGACCUACAUCUCGAGGUUAGAACGACUUCAAAAAGGCUCUUCCAAAUAGCACUGAUGAGAUGCCAAGAGGAUUUCCCACCAGUAUUUACUAAUUCAAUCAGAACAAGUCUGAAAAUAACACGGAAUAUGGCACUGGUGGGUUAUACAGCCAAAUACUCUUAAUUUACUGUACAUUUCAUUCACUUCGGUUGCACUUAUGUCAAGCAAAACUACUCCAUCAGUUUGUUCAAUGCUGAUUAUAGAUGAAAUAAAUGACUUUCUGGCAUGCUUGAUUUAUUCAGCAAGAUAAAAUGAUGCAGAUGAAAUUCGGAAUCAUAAUCAUGGACGUCAAGGAGGGAACAGAAUAUCUAAUUAAGUUGUUUGUAUAAGGUUUUUGUGGCACCUUUCCCACAAGUCAUUAGCUGUCUGAAAGUAGCCCAGCGCUAUGGCAACACUGUGUAUCUCAGCCUAAAUAGCUGAGUUGCCAUAUAAAGAGAUGUAUUAUUAAAGCUGAAUAGUGACUUUUUCCUCUGCAUUUGAGAAAGCCCACAUAAAACUAUAAAUAUCCCCCGCAGUACAUAAGAAAGAAUGCUGAUCAUCUCAGCUCUUAUUUUCCAUUUUCACAGCACAAUUAUUUCACAUCACAAGGCACACUCUGCAUACGGAAGAUUAUUGUUGUUAUUAUAAAGAUAAAUUAUUAAUUCAUCUCGUGUCAAUCCUAUUAUUUAAGGUCUCAAACUCUCAAUUCAGAUUUAAUACUUAACCAGCUUAUGAUUGAUGGGUAAAACAGGUCCAUUUAAUCAGCACAAUAUCAAAUUACAGCUACAGUAUAUUCAUCCAUGCCUUUGUUUUUUUACAGCCUGUUGAUUUAGUUCUUCAUUAGCCUUUCUGUCCCCGUGUUGAGUUAGAACAUGUUUAAACAGUUUGGGUGUUGUAUCGGAGCCGUUAUUUUUGUUCCCAAACUAAUUGAUGGAUGACCUUUCAUCUCAUACACAACAACACUCCCUCUACUGGCCAAUAGAGUAUAUUAAAGAAUAACUUCUUACUGGAGUGCUGUGGAUAGGUUUUAAAGAGCCCAUGGUGGCUUUUAGAUCAUGCUUAUAAAAUUAUCUGUAUGCUAGUGUACACCUAAAAGUAAAAAGUAAUUUGUCAUUAUAAUACACAUUUUUCUCCAAUCAAAUGCGCUUUAGAACGAGAUUGUCCCUCCACCUGAGAUGACUAGAAAUUGUAAGUAGCAGAUCGAGGUUAUGAUGUAAACUAAACAUGACUGGCGAUUUAAAACAAAAAUGAAUCAUUCCUAGAUUAUAUUCUGCUUACCUUCCUUUUUUAACAAAACAAGAACAUUCUCACAGUUUCAUAUGGAAGCUUGUUUCUGUCACAGGAUAAAAAAAAAAUGUCAUUUUGACUUUUUAUUUCACAAUUCUGACUUUUUUUCUGGCAAUUACAAGAAGUCAGAAUUGCGGUAUGUAAACUCAGAAUUCUGAGAAAAAAAAGUUGGAAUUGUGAAAUAUAUUUGAUUUGUUUUGAUUUUCAUCCUGUGCCAGGAACUUGUUUGUAUAGUUUAAAGAGGUCUUUAACAAAUAAAUUGCUUUAGAAACUUUA